AUGCAAGACCUUGAUAACCUCUCUAUCCUCGAUGGUGUGAAUUGCGAUGCUCUUGUGGAGUGGAUGAAUGACGGAAUGGCUCGCUACAAGGACUCAUUGCAAACUACUCUCCCCGACCUCACCACCUUCCAGUCCAAUAGAGGCAAAUUUCUCCACUACCACGAAGAAAGCCUUUCCAACCUCCAGGAUUGGUACCAAUUCUACCUCGUUCCUGGUGCUGCUCAUUUCGCAACCAACUCUCUUCAACCAGGUCAUUUUUCCGAAAACAACAUGGACAUCAUGAUCGACUCAGUCGAGAACGGCGCGAAGCCCACUCGUUUGAACGCCACUGUUUUAUCCGGCCAAUAUGCUGGAGAGAACCAGCAGCUUUGCCAGUGGCCCACUCGUCCUUUGUGGUGCAGCAACACCACAUUUGAUUGUGUUACCGACAAGAACUCUUGCGGGAGCUGGACAUAUGACUUCCCGGCGUUCAAGGUCCCUGUCUACUAG